GCGAAGGACAACAGCCGCCCAGCUGCCCAACAUUUUGACAAUCAUCGGAUCCAAUUAGAUCAGCUGACUUGUUUUCAACCAUGCCGAGCCUGAGCACGCAAUCGAGCAAGUCGUCUCUGUCAUGGCCCGGGCAUCCCAUGGCAGCGGGAAGCUACAUGCUCCAGGCGGCCCAGGAGCCCAUCCUCGUAACUCACACCAACUUCCAGGCGGCGGCCCCGCCCACCCGAUCAUGUAGUGCAAACAGCGACCGAGCCCAGUCACCAGCGACUCACCGCACCUUUAAAGCCGCCACGCCCACAACCACCACUCCCGCCUCAACCAAAUCCACCCCCAGCAACUCACAUUACAGGUGCAUCUGCACUAUCGCGAUCCUCUGCUCACUCCUCGCGCUGUGCCUACUCAUUGCCGGCUUGGUAUUCCUGCUCGAUGGUGUCGCGUCGACGUCGAGAACCGUCGGCAUUGUCCUCAUCGUCGCCGCCACCUUAGUGACAAUCGGCACCAUGGUCUUGUGGAGGUAUACCUGUCUGCGGCGUAAAAUAGUUCAGGAAGGACAACAGGCCGUCACUUUAAAGUCUGUGAAAUCGAACACCAGUUCGUCGUACGUACCACAAGAAAUAUAUAUUUAGGUUAUGAUCUGAUCUAAACUGUUUUCAACAAACUUUGAAUUCCCUAAAAACGCAUUCUGUUGAUUUUAAGUGGUUAAUUGGGGAGAAAUGUGACAAUGUGACGUGAAUCUAGUCUGCAUCAUCUGUUAUUCAUGUAUUUCUAUUUUGAGAUACUUUAUUAUUGCAUGUUAGAGGCCAUAUUUUAGUUAGUUUAAAUUCCAAUAAAGGUUGUCUCCUGUUCUGUCUAAGAGACAGAGGCGGAUGCGACAGCCCUUUUAUUUACUUUAAAAAAUCAAGCUGGGGGAGGGGGCAGGGUAGAAAAAAGGGAUGCCUGGGUCUUGUAACUCUUGAAUGUUCCUAUUAUUUUAAAACAAAGAACACCUUCAGCUCGUACGGACACCUACAAAAAACCUGGUCUCGCCUUAGCAAAUGCUUCUAAAUCAUUGAUCAACCCAUGAGCGGAACAAAUCAUUUUUUACAUGUCUUGUACAUUUGUCUUGUAUCAUUUUGUACUUCUUGUUUUUAACAAAAUAUUGGCAAUUGCCAGUGAAGUUCUAAUAAAUUCAAUUCAAUUCAAUUCAAUUCAUGUCUCAAUCACAUAUCCACUAAAGAUACCGACAAAUUCCAUUUGGAAGUAAAAUAUUCACGUUUAAAAUCGUUAUAAAGCCAUUCCACUCGACCGUAAUACUUAUCAAGGAGCGUUGAUCAAGUAAUUGCAAGCCCGCUGCAUCUAAUAGUAUACCGCAAUCGGGAAUAAAUUCGUAGGGCCUAUAGAUGCGGAUUUGACUGCCCUUAGUUAAAGAAAAGGGUUGAAACGUGAUAAUAUCUUUUAAAAGGUUAUAUCAAAUUUUUUUCUGAAAAUUAGAUUUUCCAUUUUAAAUUGUCAGAAUUUAGUCUCGCUCGCGUCUUUUCAAAAUGUUGCCACCAACGCCAUUUUCAGCCCCCUUGAGGUUUGUUGGUCCAUUACGUCACUGAUUGUGAUUUGGAUGGCGUAUCGUAUUACGCUCCAUCUAAAAAUGCUUUUAGCUAUCAAUUUCGUCCUAUGAUGGCGAGUAAUAUCAUUAGUACAUUAAAUAUAGAAAUGAAUUUAUCCAUAAAACGGUCGUUGCGUAUUCAAACCUUAAAUAAUAUAUAAAUGCCAAUCCUUUGUCAUUUUAUUAGUCCAUAGGAUUGAGAGUUUCGUGAGGUCAUUUUCAUUUCCUAUUGCGAGGGGUAUACACUCUCAUUAAUGUUUUAACCAACCUUUAAGUGGGUUAAAACAAGAAUCUAUCAACUGUUGGUUAUAAAGAAAUUGUAUGUAAAUGCGUUGUGCAUUUUAACCAACAGUUGUUGGUCGGUUCAUAUUUUUUUUACCAACUUUAUGGGGUUGGUUAACAAAAUGUCCCGAGAGUGUCAUGGCUACAGUCACACGGACCAAGCCGACUCCAGGCCGAUCAUGCCGAUAGAAAGAAUACACAUUAUUUUGAAUGGCAUGCCAUCGGUCGAUUUGGAUUUCGUUUGUUGGUGUGUCUGCGACAUUUAUAAUGUACUGGAAUAGAAUUACAGCUCGAGACACAAAGUACUAUGAUCCUGUAUCACCAUGAUCCCCCCUCCCCCUAACAUCCGACCAAGAAAAGGGGGGUGAUUAAGGAACGGGGGGGAUAUCAUAUUUUUUAAAGUGCAUAAUGUAAAAAUAUAUUAUAAAAUAAAAUGUGAUAUUUGUAUUGAAAAGGUAAAACAAAAAUUACUCACUCGAAGCUAAUCAUAGUAUUUCUAAUACCAUGACAUCGGUCGGUCUGGAGACGAUUUCUAUGGUGUAAUCGUAACAUUACUUAUAUACCAACAACAUCUACUUGAAAAAAAAAAGGUUACCAUAUCUGAUGACCUAAUGCUUAAACAAUCCAGAUGUAGGACUUAAAGUCAAAAGUCUGCAUGUCGAUUUGAUUAUCUUAUACAUGUGCUGUAUUUUUUGACAAUUAAUUGCUGUAAAAUACAUUAAAAAAGUAAUAUGUAUUUAUACCUUGGAUAUGUUUGUUGAGUUUGAAGAAAAAAGAUAAUAUGACAUUCUUUAAAUUGGUUUUUAAGAUUCUUCGCUGCAUUGAUUCUUGAUUAUUAAGCCCCAUUCAAGUUGUAAAUCAUUUCUUGUCUUUAAAUGCAUUAAAUGAUCAUUCUUUUGUAAAAUUUAAUUCUACUGUCUGAGUGUACACAAAUCAUUGUAGAUUGAACUCUGUUUUUUUUUUAAUAUUAAAUAAGCUCUUUUUA